AUGGCACUGCUUAGGCUCCUGGCGCUUCUUUUUGCACUACUUUUCUCUGGCCUCCAAAGUCUCCCCUGGUUUGUAGAUGUCUCUGAGCGCCAGGGUCCUGGCACCGUCCUUCAGUCUUUUUCCUUCAACUGCUCCUCCCACAUGCCCACCUUGGAGUUGCUCAGUGUGCAGCCACCUACCACCUUCUUCAACAAACCCAGUCUGGCCGGGAAGCAGGGGAUGUAUGUAGGAAAGGUGACCUUGAGCAGCUCGGCUCGGCUGGAUGCCCUGGCAGUAAACCACUAUGAACUACAGCUGAGGUACAAGUGUGGUAACUUUGUGAUGGAAGGACCACUCUUCAUAGAUGUGCAACAGGACCCUGGUUAUGUUCGGUGCGGUGGUCGAUUUGCUAGCCCAGCUGGGGAGUUCAUUUAUGUACAUGAGUCGGUCACACCCGGGAUCGUGCUGUACACUCUGCUGCUGCCAGGUCUGGAAGCCCAGAGAGCCCAGAUGAACAUUACUAGUGCCCAGGACCCUCCAUACUUCCCUGGACCUUUCUCCAUCAAUGAUCAAGGAUUACUACGGGCACCGUCUCAGGGCCUGAAAGGCCAGGCUGGAAAGGUCUUCCAGCUGCAGAUCUCCGUGCUCUUUGGACAAGGCCAAAGCUGCCAAGGGAUGCUGACAGUGAAGGUUUUGCCUGCUGCCUCCAGCCAGGUCUCCUUUCUACAGAAGGCCCAGAGUAUCACCAUCCCAGAUGAUCUGGUCCCUGGAAGCAAGGUGGUUCAGGUCCAGGCCAGGGGAUCCGACUUGCGCUACGAAAUCUCCUCCCCGGUGCCUAGUCCAUUCUAUUCCAUUGGACACGCCGAUGGAGUGGUGCGCACCACCGCGCCCCUGGAGUUGGCUCGCGCCCAGGGCGCGGCGGUCACGAGGCUGCAGGUGAGGGCUUUCGAGAGGCUUCGGCCGUGGGCCAGUGCUGAGUUUGAUCUCACCGUGAACGUGCGCGCGGUCAACCGGUGGCCCCCACGCUGCCUUCCGGCGCUCCUGGUCACCCAGAUCCCAGAGACUGCACUGGUGGGCACCGAGCUGAAAGCCCUCACUUGCGUUGACCCAGACACGCCUGGCGCCACUCUCGACUACCAGCUGUGGUUCCACAACCCUACUGACCCUGCCAGCUUCCGUCUUCGAGACAGAGUCCUUGAGGUAAAUGCCACAUUGGACUGUGACACUACUGGAGCCUGCAUCCAGCAUGAAGCCUCCAUCUUGGUGUUAGAUGGUGGUCAACCCCAGAUGACUACUGAGGUACCAGUUCUGGUGAUGGUGACACCCGUCAAUGAGUUCUCCCCAGCCUGUGCCUCACGCACAUUCCGGAUUCGGGAGGAUGCAGGGCUCCACGCUCUUCUGGGCUCCGUGGUGGGCACGGAUUUGGAUUACCCGCACAACAGCCUUGAAUACUACAUCUCUGGCGGACCCUCCACCUUUAUGGUGAACCGGCUCAGUGGGGAAAUUCACCUCCUGGGGCCUUUGGAUUAUGAACAGGAGAAAUCAUACAGGAUCACUGUUCUGUUGAUUGAUCACAGCCAAGACUGGGACCUCACCCAGCACCGCUCAGGUUCCUGUACCAUUACCAUUGAGGUUGAGGAUGUGAACGACCAUGCUCCCCAGUGUGAGCCCCCAUUUCAGGAACUCACCAUCUACACUCCCUUGGGCCGUAGCGCAGAGGUGACUCAAGUGUCAUGCCGGAUCCCUCAGGAGCCACAGCGGCUGGCCUUCUCCUAUAGCAUCGUGGGAGGGAAUAGCCAGAACCGAUUUAGACUGCAAGGGACAGUCCUGGUGCACGAUGACACUUUGUUGAGGCCCUCUUGGCCAGAGCAGCCUUGCACCUAUGAGCUGUUGAUCCUCGUGGCCGACGCUGGCCCUUCGACCCCCCACCUCAGCACCACAGCCACUGUCAUUGUGCAUCUAGUUCCUUGGAGGACCAGUACAGUAGCCACAAGCACCCGCAGAGCCACAGUGUCUUCAAUGAUGACACCCCAAAUUGUGACAGCCAUAGAAGAUUUCUGGCAGCCCGAGCCCUGGUUUGUGGUAGUGCUGACAGCGACUGGUGCCCUUCUCCUGUUGGCUCUGGGCUGGCUCCUCAGCAAGCUCCUGCAGGGAUUGGCCCAGGUGCUACAAACACCAAGCAAACCAGCCCAGGCUCUGCUCCUAAACAGUAUCCAGGGAAAUGAAAAAUCCAUUGAGGGGAUCAUGGAGGCACCGAGGAUGGAGAUGUCCAGGGCACCUAGAAGUAUCAUGGAUCUGCAGCAAUUUGAUGGCAGAGCCCAAGAUCCCCGUACUGGCAGAGACUACCUGUUCAACACUCGCACGGGAGCCCGACGCUGGCUCUGA